AUGCACAUUCCCGGUAGAACAUUCCCUGUUGAAAUUUUCUAUACUGAAAGCCCAGAAAAGGAUUACUUUGAAGCUGCCAUAAGAACCACACUUCAAAUUCACUUAACAGAAGAAAAAGGUGAUAUUUUGCUCUUUUUAACGGGUCAAGAAGAGAUUGAAUCUGCAUGUGAACAGCUCACUCAAGAGGUGAAUAACAUGAGAGCUGAAAAUAGAAAUAUUGGAGUAUUGGAAUGUGUUCCACUUUUCAGUACUUUACCUCCCGAACAGCAACAACGUAUUUUCAAAGAAGCUCCUCCUGGAGGUAGAAAAUGUGUAGUUGCAACAAAUAUUGCAGAAACAUCAGUGACUAUCGAUGGAGUUGUUUAUGUGGUCGAUCCAGGAUUCUUUAAACAAAAAAUUUAUAACCCAAGAACAAGAGUAGAGUCAUUGCUUGUGACACCAAUUUCUAAGGCUAGCGCUAAACAAAGAGCAGGUAGAGCGGGAAGAACUCAGCCUGGAAAAUGCUUUAGAUUAUAUACUGAGGAAGCUUUCAACGAUUUGGAUGAGCAAACAUACCCAGAAAUUUUGAGAAGCAAUUUGGGAACAGUUGUUUUGCAAUUGAAAAAGUUAGGUGUGGACGAUUUAGUUCACUUUGAUUUUAUGGAUCCACCUGCUCCUGAGACUUUAAUGAGAGCAUUGGAACUGUUACAUUAUUUGGGAGCUUUGGAUGACGAAGGAGAAUUAACAGAGCUGGGAGAUCGAAUGAGUUUAUUCCCUCUUGAUCCUCAGUUGGCCAAACUUUUACUAGUGUCACCAGAUUUCAACUGUUCGAAUGAAAUUUGUACGAUUGUGGCCAUGCUUUCUUCGCCAAGCCCUUUUGUGAGACCAAAAGGUCAACAACGUGAAGCUGACAGUGCCAAAGCACAAUUCCAACAUUCAGAUGGAGAUCAUCUUACUCUUCUUAACACUUUCCAUGCCUUCAUUGCAAAUAAGUGUGAUAAGAAGUGGUGUUAUGACAAUUAUCUCAACUAUAGAACUCUGAGAUCAGCAGAGAGCGUGAGAAAACAACUAGAUCAAUUGAUGGUCAAAUCAGGAAUUCCUCGAGUGAGUGCUGAUACAAGCUCUCCUGAAUACUAUAGAAAUAUUAGAAAAGCUCUUGUUUCUGGCUUUUUCAUGAACGUCGCAUUUAAAGAUAGAUCUAACCAUUAUUGCACUGUUAAGGAUAACCAAGUGGUUGCCUUGCAUCCAUCCACCACUUUGAAUCAUUCUCCAGAAUGGGUCAUAUACGAUGAAUUCGUGUUAACAAACAAACAAUAUGUAAGAACGGUGACAGAAAUUGAAGGAGAAUGGCUGCUCGAACUUGCACCUCAUUACUAUGAAUUAGAUCAUUUUCCACCAAACUCAGAUUGCAGAACAAAAAUCGAACGGAUUAUGAUUCAAAGAGAAAGAAGAAACGCUAAAAGCAAAAAUAAAUAA